AUGUUUUACGUCGCGAUUAUAGACCUACUAUUAAAAGAGUUUAUCGAGUUCUAUCGUACUUACCUUAACGAUAUUAUCGUCGUAUCUAAUACUUUUAAGCUUUAUAUUAAGUACCUAACUCUUAUCUUAAACGUCCUUAAGAAGCACUUAGUAUCUCUAGAACCUAAGAAAGUAUACGUUACGUUCCCUAAAAUCUCUCUCCUCGGCUAG